UUAUCGGUCAAAUUCAGUUCCCUUCCCUCUUUCCAUCUUCAUCAUCCAUUCAUCACAAUUUCUACUACUGUCACAAUUCUGAUAAUAAUUCAAACUCAAUCCAAUAAAAACCAUUCAUUCCCUUAUUCCUCAAUUCCAAUUCACACAACACAAAUCAACAUGGCUUCUUCUCUUUCUUCUCCACACUCUCUCUUACUCUUAUUUUUCACCUUCUUCUUCUUCCUUUUCUCCCUCUCCCACUCACAACAAUCAAACACUCCACAAACCUUCAUCAUCCACGUGUCAAAAUCACAAAAAUCCUCCUCCUCACUCUUCUCCACCAAUCAAAACCAUUUCUCUUCCAUCCUCAACACCCUCCCAUCUUCUUCUUCCUCCACCCCCCCUUCCAUCCUCUACACGUACACAUCCGCCAUUCACGGCUUCUCCGCCCAACUAACCCCUUCCCAAGCCGACCACCUUAAAUCCCAUCCCGACAUCCUCUCCAUCCAACCCGACCAAAUCCGCCAUCUCCACACCACAUACACCCCCUCCUUCCUCGGCCUCGCCGAAACCUCCGGCAUAUGGCCAAGCUCCCACUUCGCUUCCGAUGUAAUCAUCGGUGUCCUCGACACCGGUAUCUGGCCAGAACAUCAAAGCUUCUCCGAUCCAUCUCUCUCAAAAUCCACCCUCCCAUCUUCAUGGAAAGGCUCUUGCCAAAUUUCCCAUGAUUUUCCAUCUUCUGCGUGUAACAACAAGAUCAUUGGUGCUAAAGCUUUUUACAAAGGCUAUGAAUCUUAUCUUCAAAGACCCAUUGAUGAAACAGUUGAAUCAAAGUCGCCAAGAGAUACUGAAGGUCAUGGAACACACACUGCUUCAACUGCAGGAGGUUUUGUUGUUGGUAAUGCUAGUUUGUUUGGUUUUGCUAGAGGUGAAGCUAAGGGAAUGGCAACAAAAGCUAGAAUUGCAGCUUAUAAAAUUUGUUGGAAUGUUGGUUGUUUUGAUUCUGAUAUUCUUGCUGCUAUGGAUGAAGCUGUUUCUGAUGGGGUUCAUGUGAUUUCACUUUCAGUUGGUUCUAAUGGUUAUGCACCUCAUUAUUAUCGCGAUUCGAUUGCGAUUGGUGCUUUUGGUGCUGCACAACAAGGUGUUGUUGUUUCUUGUUCUGCAGGUAAUUCAGGACCUGGUCCUUAUACUUCUGUUAAUAUUGCUCCUUGGAUUUUAACUGUUGGUGCUUCGACGAUUGAUAGAGAGUUUCCUGCUGAUGUUAUUCUUGGUGAUGAUAGAGUUUUGGGUGGUAUUUCUUUGUAUUCUGGUGAUGAUUUACCUGAUUAUAAACUUCCUUUGGUUUAUAGUGCUGAUUGUGGUAGUAGAUAUUGUUAUGUUGGAUCUUUAGAUUCUUCGAAAGUCAAAGGGAAGAUUGUUGUUUGUGAUAGGGGAGGAAAUGCGAGAGUCGAAAAGGGUAGUGCUGUGAAAAAGGCAGGUGGAUUAGGGAUGAUUGUGGCGAAUACCGAAGAAAGCGGUGAAGAGCUUCUUGCUGAUGCUCAUCUUAUUGCAGCUACAAUGGUGGGUCAAACUGCUGGUGAUAAGAUUAAAGAGUAUAUAAAAUCGAGUCAAAAUCCAACUGCUACGAUCAAGUUUAAAGGGACUGUGAUCGGCGGUUCGGAUUUACCUCCUGCUCCUCAAGUUGCUUCCUUUUCUAGCAGAGGUCCUAAUUAUAGAACUUCAGAGAUUCUUAAACCAGAUGUUAUUGCUCCUGGUGUUAACAUUUUAGCAGGUUGGACCGGUAAAGCGGCUCCCACUGAUCUUGAAAUUGAUCCUAGGAGAGUUGAGUUUAACAUAGCUUCAGGUACUUCUAUGUCAUGUCCUCAUGUUAGUGGAAUUGCUGCAUUGCUUAGAAAAGCUUUUCCAAAUUUUUCACCAGCUGCAAUUAAAUCUGCUUUGAUGACAACUGCUUAUAAUGUUGAUAAUUCUGGUGGAAAAAUUAAGGAUCUUGGAACAGGUAAAGAGUCAAAUCCAUUUGUUCAUGGAGCAGGACAUGUUGAUCCUAAUAAAGCACUUAAUCCCGGUUUAGUUUAUGAUAUAAACACUAAUGACUAUUUAUCAUUCCUUUGUUCAAUUGGUUAUGAUGCUAAGAAAAUUCAAGUUUUCACUAGAGAACCAACUAGUUACAAUAUUUGUGAAAAUGAAAAGAAUUUAGCUAGUCCUGGUGAUUUGAAUUACCCUUCAUUCUCUGUGGAGUUUGGUGCUUACAAUGGUUUGGUUAAGUAUAAAAGAGUUGUUACUAAUGUCGGUGGUUCCGAUGAUGCGGUUUACACUGUCAAAGUUAAUGCUCCUUUUGGCGUUGAUGUUAGUGUUUCACCUAGCAAACUUGUUUUCAGUAGUGAAAAUAAGACUCAAGCUUUUGAGAUUACUUUCACUAGAAUUGGAUAUGGUGGUUCUCAGAGUUUUGGAUCUAUUGAAUGGAGUGAUGGAAAUCACAUUGUGAGGAGUCCAAUUGCUGUUAGAUGGAGUAAUGGAUUCUCAUCAGCAUCCUUCUGAUUUUUCACUUUAUUAUAAUGCUUUGUUGCUGUGAAAAUGGUAACACGUUAUUUACCAUGCAUAGGUUAUAUUGUGUAUGGAGUUCAUUAGUCUUGCAUUGUUGUAAGUUUUAUGUUAGCUUAUUGUACAAAGAAUAAAAUAAUGACUUAUUGGUAUGGUUGUUGUUUUAUGAAAUUGUACUCUAAACUUCUAAGUAGUUGAUUAAGGUCUUCCAAUAAUUUAUAUGGAUGAAAUGGAAUGUAUGAAGUAAAAUGUGAUUUUUAGACUGUUGAUUCA